AAUCCAGGAUUUUACUAAGAGAGACAGUCAUGCAUCAAAUUACUACACUUUGAUCGGCUCAGUUUAUACCUGUAAUUCAUGCAUAUUCAAUGCCCCGCAAGACCAAGUUAUUUACAGUCACAGUCAAGUGCUUCGUGAUACAUAAAAGUAUCAGCGAUCGCUAAAACCUCACGGUUCUCUGUAUUUAACCACGACGCCAGACAAACAUCGCUUGUUGCUCUGCGCGCGGGUAUGCCUCACCAUCAGCAAUCACGAAGAUCGUGACCCGUUGGCUUUGUGAAAGUCUUAUCAAUCUCGCGUAAGUCACUGGCGCAUGUGUUUUGCAGUCAAUUGGUUCAUCAAAUUAAUCAAAUCUGGCGAUAUCGAAACUUCCGAGGACUUAAUAUACUCUGUUAACCGCCGGGAGAUCACCUGCACAUUCCACGGCUUUGAGGUAGCGGUGAUCGCAGAAUGUUGCCAUUAGCAGCGGCUGCGUCGUCCCGGCGGCUGGGGAAGAUUUGGAACGAGGUUGACGCCCUUGGGAGAGUUCACUUGCUACUGUCACUACUGGUCACCGCUGCCCUGAGCGUUGGCUCUGCAGCAGGGGCGGGGGAGGAGUACGGACUUGUCCUAGACGCUGGAAGCACGGGGACACGAGUGCGUAUAUACCGUUGGGCCGAACGGUCCGAUCUCUCCAAGCUCCCCCCAGAUAUCACUUACAUUGACAAUUUGAAAGUUCGCCCAGGGAUAAGCGAGUUUGCUGACCGACUGGGAGAUAUCGGGGAUCACUUGAGACCCCUUCUUGACAAGGCGAAGAAUGUAGUGCCCUCGUCAGCCUACUCGACCACCCCUAUAUUCAUGAUGGCGACUGCAGGUCUUCGCCUCAUCGACCCAGUUAAAGGUGAAGCUAUUUUUGACGAAGCUCGAAAAAUUCUCAGCAACAAAACCCUGUGUCCGUUCCAGUUUUCGGCAGGAGACGCCCGAAUCUUGUCGGGGGAAGAGGAGGGUAUGUUCACGUGGAUCAGCGCCAACUACCUCAUUAAAUAUUUUGGGAAAAACAGCCCCUUUUCCUCAUCUGUGGGUACCAUGGAGAUGGGCGGGGCCUCUAUGCAAAUUGCCUUCAUUCCCGAGACAGAUCCCCUAGCGAACAAAUUCGAAGUUGAUAUACCUGGAGACUCACAGAGCUAUCCCCUGUACACACACAGUUACUUGUACUAUGGUGAAAAUUACAUUGCAAUGCGCGUCAGGGAGUUUCUGGCAUCGUCAUCAACGAACCAAGGGGGCAGGAUAAUGAACCCCUGCAUGUUAAAAGGUGACUUAUUGAACACGACCGUAAACAGUAGAGCCGGGUACUUCCAAUUCCAAGGCUCAGGCAAUGGAACCGCGUGCAUGGAAGUGCUGCGCCAUUACACAGCGCCAGCCGCAGAUGAUAGGUGCUAUCCUCGACCCUGCGCCAUUGGCCAAAUUUACCAACCUAAAGUUCCAAGAGAUAUGGUCUUUUACGCAAUUGCAGCGUUUGUUGACGCUCCAACGGCACUAAAUGUGAUUUCAGCGAAUGGCUCCAUUACCGCCAGGAACUUACAGAAUGCUGCUUUAACGUAUUGUGAAAAGAGCAUACCUCUUGCCAUGAAUAUGACGGGCGCCUCCACGUCUGAGGUGUCGACCUUCUGUUUGGAAGGACUGUACUUCUCGAUGCUGCUGGAAGAAUCUUUCGGAUUUGAUCCCAACAGGGCACAAGUUAUAGUGGACGAUUACAUCGAUAGGCAGUUUAUAGGUUGGCCAAUGGGGGCCAUGGUAUACGCAAUCAAGGUAGCCAAUCAAAAGUCACCUGGUGACUGUCCAGCAGCAAAUAGUUGUAAUCCUCAGGAACCUCUUGGAAAAUAUUAUCUGUCAGUGUUAGUGUUGUUUCUUAUUCUAUUUUCUAUGCAAACCAGGCAAUCGUGAUAUUUUGUCAGUUUUUAUGUAUAUAAGUUAUGUUAUUAGGUUUGCUUUGACUGACAAACUGACUGUUAAUAAUGCUGUUUCUUAUAUAUACAUUAUCACCGGAAUAAUAUUACGUCAAGACAUACAUAGUUUGAAAUGUGGAUAAGCAUAUUUUAUUUAUUGGAGCGACAAAAUAAGCUUGAACACAUCCUUUACGACAAAUCGCCAUAGUAUUGACUUUUUACAAAUCUAUUUAUAAAAAAUUUCUUUGCAAUUAUAUUUGUUAUGUUAGUUUUUAAUUCAAAACUCACUGAAGCCCGCUAUACCAAAAUUAUGUAUAAUACAUGUAGUAUCAUGAGUAUCAAAGCAGAUAUAAUUUGAACGUAGCUAUCUCAAAAGUGCACUUGGGUUUAUUUAAAAAUGAAAAUGCCUCAAAGCCAUGUCUGUUGCUACCACAUGUCGUGUCCAUUCCACUUCCUUUUGUGAUGACAUACAUGUUUGUUUGCCUGCAUAGUUUGUAGCUCAUUUUGAUAAGGUAUAAAAAUGUGUGAUAGAAACAAACGAUUUCUAAGAAUGACCAUAUACGCCAUAACGACCAAAACGCCAAUGGUACCCUUUUGCAAAUUAAUCCCAUUCCUGCACUGUGAUCUUUUGAGAACAAAGAGAGCACGCGUUUGUUUCUAAAUGGUAUCAAAAUAAAUCUAAUGCUUUGAUUGA